AUGACGUCUUACACCAACAAAGGAGAGAAGCCGGAGAGAGGCCGAUUCCUCCACUUCCACUCGGUGACCUUCUGGGUUGGCAAUGCCAAGCAGGCGGCGUCCUUCUACUGCAGCAAGAUGGGCUUUAAGCCGCUCGCCUACAAGGGCCUGGAGACCGGCUCCAGGGAGGUGGUCAGCCACGUGGUCAAACAAGGGCAGAUUGUGUUCAUUUUCUCCUCUGCCCUCAACCCCUGGAACAAAGAGAUGGGCGACCACCUGGUGAAGCACGGGGACGGAGUGAAGGACAUCGCGUUCGAGGUGGAGGACUGCGACUACAUCGUGCAGAAAGCCCGGCAGCGGGGCGCCAAGAUCAUCCGGGAGCCCUGGGUGGAGCAGGACAAGUUUGGGAAGGUGAAGUUUGCCGUGCUGCAGACGUACGGGGACACCACACACACCUUGGUGGAGAAGAUGAACUACACCGGCUUCUUCCUGCCCGGGUUCAAUCCCACGACCGACAGGGACAGCGCGCUCUCCAAGCUGCCCCAGAGCAACCUCGAGGUCAUCGACCACAUCGUGGGCAACCAGCCGGACCAGGAGAUGCUGUCCGCCUCGGACUGGUACCUGAACAACCUGCAGUUCCACCGCUUCUGGUCCGUGGACGACACGCAGGUGCACACGGAGUACAGCUCCCUGCGCUCCAUCGUGGUGGCCAACUACGAGGAGUCCAUCAAGAUGCCCAUCAACGAGCCGGCGCCGGGCAGGAAGAAGUCCCAGAUCCAGGAGUACGUGGACUACAACGGGGGCGCAGGCGUCCAGCACAUCGCCCUCAAGACCCAGGACAUCAUCACCGCGAUCCGCCACCUGAGAGAGAGGGGCAUGGAGUUCCUGGACGUGCCGUCCACGUACUACAAACAGCUGCGGGAGAAGCUCAAGUCCGCCAAGAUCCGAGUGAAGGAGAGCCUGGACGCCCUGGAGGAGCUGAAAAUCCUGGUGGACUACGACGAGAACGGCUACCUCCUGCAGAUCUUCACCAAGCCCAUGCAGGACCGGCCCACGCUCUUCCUGGAGGUCAUUCAGCGCCACAACCACCAGGGCUUCGGAGCCGGCAACUUCAAUGCACUGUUCAAGGCUUUUGAGGAGGAGCAGAACUUGCGGGGCAACCUCACAGACAUGGAGACCAACGGCGUGGUCCGGGGCAUGUAG